UAAUCAGUUUAGUAUUGUUUUCUGGAAGAGAUUCUCUUGAAGAUAAAAUGAAGAGUGAAUGGAAACAGUGUUGAAAAAGUUGCUAUUAAAAUAGUUUGCUCAAUAUGUUUUGUAACAUAUAGUGAACAUGUGAAAUGGGAAAUCUGCCUCACUGUACUUAGCCUACGUAUCUCCAAACAAUAGCCUACACAUAGUUCAAUUAUGAGAAAUGACAUGCAUAUUGGAGACAGUCUAAAAGAAAAAUAUUUUAUUUCUAAAGAAGCAUUGUUUUCACAGUGCACAAGUCAUAGGCUUUUGGAAAUGCACAUUUCCCACUUUUGCCAUGGUCUGCCACUACAACAUUUUUAUUUUUAUUUUGGGUUAGGCCUAUGCCUAUUCCUGAAGGACCAUGUUGCAAGUAGUCCUACUGAGACUGCACAUUCUAUAGUAGCCUAAAAACUGGAUUGACAUGGUGGUCAUUCAAUGAUGGAAUGUCCUGAUUUAAUUUGAGAACGUCAUGAGUCCAAAUUGCAUAUUGACGUCUCAGACCAUACCACCACCAACAGUUCAUGCCUUGGCUACUUAUUCCUUUUCAUUACAACCUCCAAAAGUAUUUCUGUGUUUGGGGGAGGGGGUCGUAACCAGGGCGAUACGAAGCAGGAUGUGACAUCCGGUACCCCGUUAUUCAACAGGUGUAGCCUAGGCUUGGGCUACGCAUUCACGCACUCCAUCAACUCAGAAGGCGCAGACGUGUCAGACUUAACUUUUGCUGCAUCACUUGACAUAUAUUUCAAAUGUUAGAACGGUGAUAAAGUUGAUAAUGGGAUGGUCCGAAUGAAGCGGUAACUGAUCCAAUGGUGGAAAUGAUGCCUUUGUGGAACCAUCGCCUCGCAGGACACACUGCGCGCCAUCCAUGUAGUGGCCUAACUCAAAACUGUCCUGACAAAGGUGGAGCUCACGCCCAAACUAAGUGUGUGUUGCUCACACCUUUGGCCCCAUCUGUAAUAGGGGGGUGUGCCAACAAGGUCAGGAGCCACCAUGGACAGCACACUAGGCCUGGUGGGUGUGCAGGCAGGCCAAAGGGUUUCCACACAAGGCAUGCUGAAGGCUCUCCAGUGCGCCCCCACCUAGUAACCAUCAUCAAGCCUAAUGAGGAUGGCGCCAUCAGGAAGAUCUCACUGCUUCUUAAUCGCCGGGCUGUGGUGUCGUUUGAGCAGCUGGUGAGCGAUGUGUCCGAGGCUUUGGGAUACCCGUCCUGGCAUAACGAUCGCGUGCGGCACCUGUUCACCCCGGCCGGACAGACCAUCGGUAGCCUUUCCCAGUUUUUUCAAGUAGACAACGCGUUUUUGGCACUGGGGCGGACGCGCCCCUCUCUCACCAGCCUGCAGAUGGUGCUGGAGGAACUCUACCCGGGUUGCCAGGAGUACUGCAAUGAGCUGGUGAAACGGUGGCAGAGGACCAUGAGGCCCAAAGCCAGCAAGGCUGAUAGUGGCUUCCAUGAUGACAGCGAAAAAGCAGACAGCUCCCCGAGCAGCAUUCAGACAAUCAAACCAUCCGCCAACAACCUCCAACCCAUCAGGGAGCGACGGGAGCACAAGGAAAGACAUUUAGAGGAAGAGCACAAGAGAGACAGGGAGAGAAAGUUGAGGAGGAGAAAAGACAAGAUGGAGGAGUCCUACCUCAAGCCACACUCCCACACGUUGCCUGGGCGGCAGGGUGACCAGAGAACACAGUGCUGCAAGCGUACAGGAAACAAACACACACACACACCAUCAGGUUUACUCCCAGAUGUGGCUACCGCUCAGGAUAACAGAUCUGUCCCCAUGCAGUCAAAUGGGCCUGGAUCGGCACAGAUAAUGAAAUCACAGGAAGUGCUCUCACAGGAAGCAGCCAGGCAGGCUGAGCAGGACGUGGCUGAGCUACCAGACGGAGCAGAGGUCACACAGGCGGACAUCGAGCGUUGUUACGACGUCGGACGGGUGGUGGGCGACGGGAACUUUGCGGUGGUGCGCGUGUGUGUGGAGCGUCGGACAGGACACACCUGGGCCAUGAAAGUGGUGGACAAAGCCAAGCUGCAGGGCCGCGACCACAUGAUCCACAACGAGGUCUCCCUAUUGGCCAGCCUGAGGCACCCACGGGUAGUGCAUUUGCUUCGCUGCCACCACACGAACACCCACGUCUACUUGAUCAUGGAACUGGCCUCUGAGGGCGACCUGUUCGAUGCCAUAGUGACCAGUGUGAAAUUCAGUGAGGUCUGUGCAGCUGGCAUGCUCAAGGACAUCAGUGAUGCCCUCCAGUUCAUUCACAGCAGGAGCAUUGUGCACAGAGACAUCAAGCCAGAAAACCUGCUGGUCCAUCGUCACGACGACGCUGUCACUCUGAAGUUGGCUGAUUUUGGGUUGGCUCUGGUGGUUACGGAGCCUCUCUAUACAGUUUGUGGAACUCCCACAUACGUUGCUCCAGAGAUACUGGCAGAGGCAGGCUAUGGAGUAGCAGUGGACGUGUGGGCGAUGGGAGUGAUUCUGUACAUCCUGCUAUGUGGAUUCCCUCCUUUUCGCAGUACAGAACGCAAUCAGGUGGAGCUCUUUAAGCUCAUCCGUGAUGGGGACCUCCACUUCCUGUCCCCGUACUGGGACAAGAUCUCCGAGGGUGUUAAGGACUUGAUUCGAGGUCUACUUCAGGUGGACCCAAAAGGUCGUCUGACAGCACAACAGGCUUUGCAGCACAGCUGGGUCAAGAGUCGUGGGAGAAGUCAUGGGAUAAAUCACCACACGCAACAGAGGCCACAAAUGGCAACCACAGACACCAGUCCUCCACCGACUUCUCUGGACUAUAGACUUCCACAGAUCCACACAGCACACAGAGACUACAUCAGAUCGGCAAAGACAAAAGAGGCUAUUGUACACCACACCAGCAGUGACAAGUUGUCAGAAGAUGAGGACAGAGCUGUGCGGACGAGAGGGGCCAGUGUGGACCAGGAAAACAAGCUUGACUCAGUAUGUAGACUAGACGAAAACAACGAAACCAACUCAGAGACGAGUGGAGAUCUGAAGUCAAAAGGGACAUAACAGAUUUGAGAUGUGAGCAAAACAAGACAUGGACUGCAGAUGUUUCUGCUGCAUGAAUAGUAGUUACUGUUCUGAAACU